CCCACCUCCCUUCUCUCUACUCUCUGACUCAGUGCGAGCGUGGUUUUGUCGUCUCCUCCUGACUUCAAUUUCAUCCUCUGUCCAAUCUGAAAUCUCACAUUGUCACCUACCAGCAGCAAUUACACCUCUCUGUUUUCUCCUCUGUUUUUUUCUAGAGCCUGAAAUCCAUAUAUUUCUCCCAUAACUCCUGCCGUCUUCAGAUUAUCACCCCUUUUCAAAAUGUACGACUCUACGAUUUAGUUGGGUUGCCUAUGGAUUGUAGUUCCAUUGAGGAUGGAUUCAUUUUUGUGUUCCUAAAUUGAUAUAUCUGUGUGCAGAUCAUACCCAGAAAGAGUAAAAACAGCAGAUGACUAACCAGAAUGUGGCAGUUUCUGGUGAGGAAUCGGACAUCAGCGUGGCGAUCACCGUCACCAUGUCGAACUCCUCUCGGUUACCCCCGGCGGUGCCCAAGCCGCCAGCGGCGCCCGGCGGCUACAUAACCGCUAUUUCCCGGAAGCGGUUCUUAAAGAAUCUUGAAACGGGAGGGGCGGCUAAGGUCAAUGCAUGGUUUGAUUCGAUGCGGGCUUCUUCGCCUACCCAUGUCAUGUCGGCUGCGUCCCUCUCGGACAUUGAGGAGCAAAGCACUUGGAUGGUUCGCCAUCCUUCGGCGCUGCGCACGUUCGACCAGAUAACGAAUGCCUCAAAAGGGAAGCAGAUAGUAAUGUUUCUGGACUACGACGGUACCCUGUCUCCGAUUGUUGAAGACCCAGAUCAAGCUUUCAUGUCCCUCGAGAUGAGGGCAGCUGUAAGGAACUUAGCCAAAUAUUUUCCCACAGCCAUAGUGAGCGGGAGGGGCAGGGACAAGGUUUACAGCUUUGUAAAACUAGAAGAGCUUUAUUAUGCAGGGAGCCAUGGCAUGGACAUCAAGGGACCGGCCAAAGGUCCCCAAUACCAGAUAUUGAACUGCAAAGUACUACUCAGAAAUCAAAAUAUUUAUUACAGUCCCUUCUUCAAAAACAUAAUAAUCACUUCUUCUAAUUUCGAAUAUUUUGUUUUGUUUUCUGGGUAUUUUUUUCAGGCUAACAAGGCUGUUCUUUUUCAACCUGCCAGUGAAUUCUUGCCCAUGAUUGACGAGGUGUACAGAGCAUUGUUAGAGAAAACUAAGUCUACCCCAGGGGCCAUGGUGGAAAAUAACAAGUUCUGUAUAUCGGUUCACUUUCGCUGCGUUGAUGAAAAGAGAUGGAUAGCAUUGGCUGAGGAGGUCAGAUACGUGCUCAGCCAGUACCCACAGCUUAAGCUGACUCAGGGGAGGAAGGUGUUUGAGAUCCGUCCGACCAUCAAAUGGGACAAGGGAAAGGCCCUCGAGUUCUUGCUAGAAUCACUUGGAUAUGCCAAUUCUAAUGAUGUUUUGGCCAUUUAUAUUGGAGAUGAUCGGACUGAUGAGGAUGCAUUUAAGAUGCUGCGUAAAAGAGGACAAGGGUUUGGGAUUCUUGUGUCCAAAGCACCAAGGGAAACAAGUGCCUUCUAUUCUCUGAGAGAACCAGCCGAGGUUAUGAACUUUUUGCAACAGUUGGUAGAAUGGAAAAAAUUAUCGCCACAAGGAUGACGCGUAGAUGGUGUAAUAAGUACAGACUAGCUAGGAAAUGAAUCCACCUUGAAAAUUUGGCGAAGGGUGGAUUGAGAUAGUGUUUCUUCUUGUUCGAAUUUUUUUUUUUAAAAGAGAAAGUUAUGGUCAAAUUGUAGUUGGUAAAUUAAAAAAAUAGUUCAAAUAAAA